GACCAUAGCUUAAUGUCUGACGACCUCAUCAUGAACUUGGAGCUGACUCUGACCUUUCCUAUCCAUGGCUUGACCGCCAUAACUGGAGUGAUCACAAACCUGCUCAGCAUGAUCAUCUUAUCUCGACUUGGACUCAAGAGCAGCAUGUGGGUUGGAGGGUUCGCUCUGUCACUCACAGAUUUUAUUGUAACUACCUUACACAUAGCCAUCUUGUGUUGCUAUAUCUUAAACUACAUCAAUCCAGAAAGUGAAGUAGAUAUGUUAGUGUUGGGAGUGUUUGGUAUUGGUUACUUUCGCUAUGCUGGCGUCUACAUCUCAAGUUGGAUUACCACGGUAAUCUCAGUAGAGCGGUGUUUCUGUGUUGUGUUCCCGUUUAAAGUCAAGCGUUUAUUUACUCGAACUCGCUGUGUCUUUACCAUUGUAGGAAUAUAUUUAAUAUAUUUUAGUCUAAUUUUGCCGGUAUACAUCUUUAAGAAAAUAGAUUGGCUGGACGAACUAUCAGUCGAAGAUAAUGUCACUGUUACAAAAAAAGAAAGUUUUAACAGGCAGAUACACUGAAGAAUUGGAUGAGUUGGAGAUUAUUAUUAACAUGACUGGCGCAGUUGCGCUCUCCAUAACAUCCCAGACUAUCUUGGUAAUGUGUACCAUCUGGAUGACGUACGCACUUAGAGCGUCCUCAAAAAUUAGACAACGU